CUACCGCUCGGCGCGCUGAGGCCGUGCGGCGGCGGGCGCGCCGAGGCAGCCGCCCAGCGCCCUCGCCCGGCCAUGCCCGGGCCCUAGCGCGCCUGCCGCAGCCCGAGCCCCGAGCCCAGCGGCCCGCCGCCCCCAAGCCCUCAGCCCCUCGCCCGCCGCCGCCUCUUCAAUGGGCAACCUGCUCGGCGGGGUCAGCUUCCGCGAGCCCACCACCGUGGAGGACUGCGAUUCCACCUGGCAGACGGACUCGGAACCCGAGCCUGAGGAGACGGGGUCGGGCGGCGGCGAGGGCCCGGGGCAGGAGCCCGAGCAGCCCGCGCAGUCCCCGGAGCGAGCGGGCGGGCGGUCCCGCGCCAGCCCCGCGCCGGACGAAGACGCAGAGGCGGCGGGCGCCGAGCAGGGUAGUGAUUCUACUGAAGCCACUGCCAAGCCAAAGAGAAGUUUCUAUGCUGCAAGGGAUUUGUACAAAUACCGACAUCAAUACCCGCAGAAUUUCAAAGAUAUUCGAUACCAAAAUGACUUGAGCAAUCUUCGUUUUUAUAAGAAUAAAAUUCCAUUUAAGCCAGAUGGUGUUUACAUUGAAGAAGUUCUAAAUAAAUGGAAAGGAGAUUAUGAAAAACUGGAGCACAACCAUACUUACAUUCAAUGGCUUUUUCCACUGAGAGAACAAGGUUUGAACUUCUAUGCAAAAGAACUAACUACAUAUGAAAUUGAGGAAUUCAAAAAAACAAAAGAAGCAAUUAGAAGAUUCCUUCUGGCUUAUAAAAUGAUGCUAGAAUUUUUUGGAAUAAAACUGAUUGAUAAGACUGGAAAUGUUGCUCGGGCAGUUAACUGGCAGGAAAGAUUUCAGCAUCUCAAUGAGUCUCAGCACAACUAUUUAAGAAUCACUCGUAUUCUUAAAAGCCUUGGUGAGCUUGGGUAUGAAAGUUUUAAAUCUCCUCUUGUAAAAUUUAUUCUUCACGAGGCUCUUGUGGAAAAUACUAUUCCCAAUAUUAAGCAGAGUGCUCUGGAGUAUUUUGUGUACACAAUUAGAGACAGGAGAGAAAGGAGGAAGCUCCUGAGGUUUGCCCAGAAACAUUAUACACCUUCAGAGAAUUUUAUCUGGGGACCACCUAGGAAGGAACCAUCAGAAGGAAGCAAAGGACAGAAGAUGCCUGCCCCUCCUGCCUCCAGUCAUAACAGUCAGACUUCCGUGCACAAAAAAUCUAAGGACUCCAAAAGCUCUUCCUCGUCUGCUUGUGUAAGUAACAAAACAGUGGAUGAAAAAAAGGUGACAUCACAGGAGCCUGAGGAAGAAGAGGGUCAGCCCAGCUCAGAGACCAGCAGUGAAGGUACCAAGCUGAGAAACACAGAUAAGGACAGUCACGGCGAAAACUCAAACUCACAGCCCGAAAACACAGUCACUGAUCCCACAGACAAGAGGGAGAGUGCAACCCCUGAGAAAGAAGAAGGAGAAAAUCAUAACGAAGACCUUGAUAAUCCUGGCAAUACAAGUUGUCAUGAUGACGCACCAACGCAAUGAACUAUCAGAAAGCCCACGAAUCAGUGUAGGUAAGGGAGGAAAAAAAUAUAUGUAGUAUGGGAUUUUCCCCAUAGAAUACAGAUGAGGUCACAUUUCAGAUUUUAACCAUCUGUUUGCGAUUUUUGUUGGAAGCAUUGUGUUGCUUGGUUUCUUAAAAAUUUUGAACGAUAUUGAAUUGGAUAUCAAGUUUUAAAACAAGAUCCAAUAAAUGAAUAUAUUCUGUAAUGCUA